AUGGCUGAAAAUUGUGGCGCAAAGUUUCAUGCCGAAAUCGCAUCCAAAAAAUUUCUUGAAGCACUAGAACUUGUAGUAGUGACACCGAAUGUUGAUCCUGACGUUAAACAUAGGCUUGUUGAAUUAUUAAGAAAUUGGACCCAAGCGUUCCAAAACGAGCCUAGUUUAUGGCAAAUUGCUAGUCUUUAUAAUAAGUUAGAGAAAAUGAGAGUAAUACCAGUGGGUAAAUACCAAAAUAAUCCUAUUGCAAACCCUAGAGGAGUGGUAUAUGUUCCCUUUUCUUUUAAUACAUCAUUGGAAAGAGUCGCUGAGGAUAUUGAACUUGCAAAAAAUAAUGUGCAAUUGUUCACACAAACUAUUUCGUUUACUGAUCCAGAAGCUGAAGACAUCACUAAAAAUGAAUUGAUCCAGGAUCUUGUAAAAGCGUUCCAAUUAUAUGAAGAUAUGGUCGAACGAGGGCAAAUCCGAGCUGCCGAAAAAAUCUCAGUGCAAUCUUCAAGAAAUAACUAUUAUGAUAAUUAUUUUGAUGCAGAUGAUGCCGGAGUUGGUGGCAGUAAAUCAAUUGCGAUUGAUCCGUUUUCGGAUUUUAACGAAGUGGAACAAAUUCCUGAGACUUCUAGCUCAAGUGAAAGGCACGAUCCAAAUCAACAAUAUUCUAGUUUAGUGGCUCCUUUACAGCCUACUAAAUAUCAUCCACCUAGCGUUACUGAUAAUGCACGACAGGACCAUAUGAGCAUUUGA